AUGGACGCCGGGAAGCAACUGAGCAGCGAAGAAUUCAGCCACAUCAAUAAGAAGCUGAAGGAGAGGUUCAUCUUCGUCUACCUCAUCGCCGUGGGGGGCUUCUCCUGCGUCUACAAAAUUAGGAAGAAGAGAAAUGGGCACCCCGGAGGGAGGCAGUUUGGAGGGAAGCAGCCUGCAGAGCGGCACCGGAGCGGAAUGGGGGGAAAAUUUUACGCGCUCAAGAACGUCAAAUUUUCGGCCAACCGCUUCAACUGGGAAAAGAAAAUUAAGUUAAAUCUGCGCGAAGUGGAAUGCCUUAACAAGCUGAAGAACCAUCCGAACAUUGUUGGCAUACGUGAGUGCUGGCUGGAGGUGAAUGAGCGUCUGUCUGGGUCUCGGAAGAGCAGGGGGGGGGUAGCCACGUCUCUCUCCCAUCGUGGGAGGGACCCACACCAGGGGGGAAUGGCAGCGGCGAUCGAGGUGUGCAAAGGGUGCGAGCUGUGGGAGAUGCGUCCGGUUAGAAAAGAGGCCACCCCUCUUGGGGCGACCAACACGGCUGCCCCCGCCCAGACCCGCGUGCCUCCACCAGUGGGGGAGACCAAUGGGUUGCAACUGCCUUUUGCCAGCAGCUUGUGUGUCUCACCGAAGAGGGGGAGAGCCAAGGGGGAAGGCAGCAACUGUAGCAGAAGCGACAUACUGGGGGGGAGAACCAGUCCAAUUCUGCCUGAUCAGGUGGAAAAGAAAAAACGCAAAGGUGGAGACGCCGCGAGGAAUUCCCUCGAUGUGUAUUACUACGGGGUGUAUGUGGUCAAUAGGGAGAGGCAAAGGCAAACGCACCCCCUCAGCACCCCGCAGCUCUGCAAAACCCCCUUGCAAAACGGAAACUGCCCCCACGAGGGAAACGUAGAUGCCCCCCCCUGCUGUGACCUUUUCUUGGGCCGUAAAAGUUACUCACAUAAGGAUGCUCCGAAAAAGGGAGACAUCCUUGGCAUGAGGAGGGGUUCGUUCCGGUUGGCCAGCCUCUCCAAGGAGCUUACCCCAUCUCAGCGUAGACUUCGCAAAAAGGGAACCCCCCCAAAGGACGCUCACAGGGGGUACAGAUCUGUCUCCGCCAGGGUGGCAACAAAUGGAGGGGUUCCCUCUGCUCAGCUAAAAAAUGCCACAAAUAAAUGUAAGGUAAUCGCACGGAGGGGACGCUCUAUGAGGGGCAUUCCACUUGGCGAGAGAUUCACUACUGAAGGAGGUGCUGCACGUCACUCCAUUGGUUUCUACCCGUUCGAUAGCCAAAGAGGAAGAACCGUAAGGAGUGGGCCCCCCUCGGAGGGACUCCAUUUUCUCACCCCCCAUUAUGAACCCACCGGAGAGACUAAAAGGAUUUAUAGAAACGCCAGAGACAAAGCAAUACGUAAGGGGAAAAUAAAAAGGAGUAGCAUCACCAUUCGACUGAUGAGGGGACCAUCACAUGGACAUACAAGUGACAUCCGUUUGGAGCACUCGGGAGGUAACUACCUCUUGAGGGGGACCCCAAAUGGAAAGACAUCGGAGAGACGUUUUGUAAAAAGGGAGAUGGAUUCUUCACAUUUUUGGAUCCCCCUUAGGAGACUCAAUUUGCAGGUGAAGCCCCACCAUGAGAGGGGAGCGGUUCAAUGGAAGGGCUACUCUCCUCGUUAUGGUAACCCUUACGAGUUGAAGGGAGUGGCCACGUCCCGCGGAGGCAGCACCAGUGGGGGAAUGCAUGCCAACUGUGUAGGGGAGGCCAAACCGAGAAAGAGGACCAAAAAGGGAGCAACCCCAAUGGGGGAAAGAACAAAUGGAGACACUUUAGACGUGACUGAUCGGUUACACCAAAGAACCCCCCCCCGGAAGAGCCACCCAAAGAGGCGCUUCCUAAAAAGGGAAGACACCCCAGUUGCUAUAAAAAGACGCCUCUUCACAGUCAACUCUUUCUGUGGAGGGAGACCCCCCUUUGGGGGCAAAGAAGGAAGGGGAAACGUGAGAGGGCAUUUUUUAUACAUUCCCAAUGCUAAGUGGAUGACUCAAGUGCUGCGUGCUGAUCAGUCAGGAAGAUGUCACUUCAUCUGGGGGAGGGGGACAAACAGAGAGAAGGUCGUUUCUCUCCUUUUUUCGCUCCUUAAGGGGGGGUCCCCGCAAUCUUUGCUACCCAAGGGCAAAAAAAACGAGCUACUUACGUGGUCGGGCCACCACUACGGGUUCACCCGGGUGUUGAGAGGCAGAAGGGAGCUCCUGCUGAGGUUGUUCAAGAGAGGAGUAAAUUGCAUCGCUAGACAUAAGCGCAUUGCGUGCGAAUUGGAAGGAAGCAUCUGUGAGGGGUCGCUCCGCGAUGGAGACGUCGGCAGGGAGAGCGUUCGCUUCGUUGGGCACAAGAGGGGGAGGAGUUCCCCCCGGGUGGAUACCCCCUGGGGAGUGCAGCAGGAUGUGCAGGAAGUUACACCAAGUGGUGGGAACGGUUCGGUGAGCGAGGGAAGGACCCCCGAGGGGCAAGGUUACCGCGAUUACCACCCCUCUUGUGGAGACCACUGUGGUGAUUUCGACUGCCACCCCCGGAGCGGCAGCAUCCCGCGCGCGAGGGAUAGCAUUCAUCAGCAGAACUUCAUACAGUUCAGAUGCAGCGACACCUACUUCGUCCACGAGCUUAAAAUUAUUAUUAAUGAUAACCAGACGAAGAGGAGCAAGUGGCCACACCACAGGAUAGAUUUGUUCUAUAAUAACUACCACUUCAAUAGUCUCUUCCAUUGCAGAAGGGGAGAGACGGUCGUGGCAAAGAGGCAGUUAAUCAAUUUAAUAUUUUCAAACGGAAAUGAACAGAAGCAGAGGGACACUGUCCUGACGCUCAUGAAGGGGGUUAGCAGCUCAUGGGGCGGGAGGAAAAAAAAAAGGAGAGGAUUCAACGACCCGCCUGGUGGGGAGAAGAACGGGAAGAUGGCUGAGUGCACCGCGGAUGUUAACAAUAGGCAGCUUGGUACAAGGAACGGGAGUUUCUGUGCCGCUCCGUGUUUUGUGGACGGGCACGCAGAUCUGCGGCAUGAUGAAGAGGAGGCCCACCAGGUGAACCACCCUUUGGGGAAGGACGAACGAGUGAAGGGUAGCCCCCUGGAGGGGAGAAAAAACGCCAAGUGGAAGUUCCCCCCUAGGGGCUGUCUUUCUAUGGGGACCUACUCACAGGGGUGUCCAUCCCACGAGGAUGCUCGGCCACGCCAGUUCCCUUCUGUGAAGGGGAAGGACGGCAGCCAAGCCAACAGGGUACUCCAAAGGGAGGAGGAUGAAGAAGGGAAGGCACCCCACGCGGAAGAGCGAACGGAAAGGAGGACCGAUCACCCGUUUACUAAAAACUUGGCGCAGAAGAGACGUAAAUUUUUUGCAAUUCUGUGUGGAGGUAGGAGGGGCGGCAGUGCAGAGCGGAUGAGUGGCAGUCGUAGCAGCCGGGUGAGCGAUGCGAGCAGCGCCUCCAGCUACUUCACCUGCUACUACUGCCACGACCGCUGCUACGUCUUCCUCUUCGUAUUUAUGAGCGCACUUGGAGCGAAGGAUCAAACCGCCUUGCGGAGCAGUGCCGGCGGGAAGAACCAUUUCACGUUGCAGCCGGAGGGAGACUGCACCGAGAGGAGGAGGAGGAAGGCAGCCCCCCAGGGAAGCAAAACUCCCUCCAAUGUGAAGCACUCCUUUAAAGUAAAUAGACCAAUGAGGAAGGAAAAAAAAAAGCUAAACGUGUGCUACUCAUUCAGCUGCUUCAGAUGGUUAAGGGUAUUCAUUUUUUGCAACGAGCACGUGAGGAGAAACGGACUUAAUAGAAGAAGGGUGGAGGAUGUGAUUAGCAAAAUUUACAAAAGAAUAACAAUCACGACGUGUCUCCUUCGCAUCAGAGUGGAAGACAACGUCUAUGGGAACACCCACUUCCUGGAUUUAUAUAUUUCACGAAGUGUUAUGAAGGGGAAGGGAAGAGAGUCAAUUCCUUUUGAAAGGAUCACCAGGCAGAACUGCUAUUACACCAGGGGGGGGGUGAAGAAUAAUUAUUUUGUGAAGAAGAAAGAAUUUUACUACUACAUGUUCAGCUGCUUGCUGGAGGUGAGGGACAGCUGGUACUUCUCCAGCGUGGGUGAGUACGACAGCUAUAGCAGCCUGCUGAACGAGGUGCGCGUGAGGAUCCGUCGCUUUGGCAUCUACGCCGACCUGCUCCUCAUCUGCACGCUCAAGUUCUUUCGGGGCUUCUACGCCUUCAACCGCGCGUUUAAGAGGCACUUCCUGGGGGGGAGAAGUGUGAAGCGCGUCCAGGCGGGACUCGUGAAGCUCCUCAGCCAAAUGGAGAAGAACCACCUUAACAAGCUGAAGCACCACGAGCGCACCCCCUUCGGAAACCUCUUCAAGCACAACCUGUAUUGCUUCAUGCGGGACGGCAACUUCCUCAGCAACAAGAAGGGCUUCGUAACUCUCUGCAGGAGCUUCUACAGCAGGGACCCCAGCAGCGCCCUCGUGCGGGAGCUGCAGAACUUCUCCAGCGUCACCGUCGACGGGUGCAACUACGCGGAGAUUGAGACACACCGCAAAGGCAGAGCGAAGAGACCCCACCUCGGCUACAGCACAGACCUGCACAUCCCCAAUAGGGUGAGCGCCAGGGGGGGAGGCCACACAGAAGGGGAGCCGAAAAAGAAAGUGAACUGUCCACCAGGGCAAGAUCACCACAACACACACAAAAACAGAAUCGAAAGGGGCAACCACAAUUUUUUCCUCGCGAAUAUUUUAAACUUCCUAAUGUGCACAAGCCUAAUGAGGAAGGUGUCAACUGAGGAGAAGAGUCUCGUGGUGAAUGUCACGGAGGAAGAAGAGGAGCUCAUAGAUGGAUGCUUCGUUCAUAACUUUGCUAAUUACUGCAUCUACUUUGUGUAUUACGUAACCAAAAUAAAGGGAAUGAAAUUUUAUAAUGUAGAUGCCUCAUCCCUCUUGAGACUCAUCAACGUAGAAAUGAUUAGGCACACCCAGACGGACGUAUCCUUCAGCAUAACGUCCAUCGGUACCCCUAUGUUUCACUCCAAUUUGAUGCUUUCCUUUGGGAAGUUCUUACAGAAGGAGUUGCGGCUGUGUAGGUAUCGUCACAUCAGAGCGGGGGGCGGGAGAAGAAGUAGAGCGCAUCAUCUGAGGGGACGCACCAGGAGGGGGCUACACAAACGGGACGAAACAGCAGAGGGGUGUACUCCCUUCAAUUUCACCAAACUGCACAAUUUACUGCACGUCUACCACUAUAAUGUGCUCGUGGAGAGCUUCAUACGGUGCAGUAACGCGGCCUCUUUGUUCCUCGAGCACCACCCCCUGGUGUUUAGGCACCCCGUCAGGUUCAUCACCCGGGGGGGGAGAGGCGGCAACGCAUGUACUGUUAGAGCCACUCCACACGGAAGAAGCGGAAUGAGCAACCGCGCCGACAGUGUGCGAGGGGACAUCUCCGAACUGCGCCCCUGCCAAGUGCGCCCCUGCCAUGCGCACCACGAACACUGCCGGAGAGUAAUAAAAUUAAACGGCCCCUUCAAACCCACCAAAUGCGAAAAGAAAAUGCUCCUGAGGGUGAAGCAGAAGAGGCUGGAAGACACCCACUUUGUUAGCAACCUCACGGAGAUGCCCCUCUGCCGACUGAUGCAACUCACCAUUGGGAGGGUUAUCCUUAAGCACGGGAGUAACUACGUCGUCUUGAUCAUCGUGAAGAGUGCCAGCUGUGCAUUGCAGUCGGUGCAGUUGCCGCAGAUGAACCGUUUCCCCCUCCCCGGGUUCAGCGCAUAUGGGGGGAGAAGCAGCGUUGAGGAGGGGACCCGCCAUAAAAAAAGGGCAUCCACCGCUCACUCGGAUUACACUUCUCACACCGCGCAAAGGGGGGGAAGGGGCCCGGUCCGCCGAGCGGGGCGGAGACGCCAGCAGAAGAUCAAGAAAGGAGUCCUCUUCGUCAAGUUUCUGCUCAUCCAGAUGGACGAGCGGAGUAUAGAAGCGGGAAGAGGAGCAGCAGUAGGAAGAGUGGGAAGAGUGGGAAGAGGUAAGGUGGGCGUGCGGAACGGGGGAAGAAUUGUUCAGAAGGGCAACGCCACCAUGCGUACCACCAUUGAUAGCGCCAUACACCCCGCCGUGGUCAACGGUAGGCACCCCCCAGGGGAGGACCCCUCCAAAAGCGGCUACCCCCACGACGGGCAAAGGAAGAAGAGGGAAUCCCAAAAGAGGAGCGAAACGAACCUGAAGAAAAGGAAAAAUGAGAAGACGAGGAAAGAAGCCUUCCGGAACUUCGUAGAUAACAUUGUGUACUCAUCCGAGAGUGGAGAGUUUAAAAUCGUUUUUCAGAGCAGCAGCAAUGGAAAUGAGGAGUCGCCGGGGAAGGGGGAGGAAGAGGGGCUCAGGAGGGGCAGCGCGGUUAGAGGCGUAGGGAGCUGCUUAGCGAGCCGAUUAGCGAACCGCUCCACUCAGCCGAGGCGGAAAUUGGGGAAGGUCCUUUCGCGGAGGAAGGAAACAACGGGGGGGACGCGAGAAAAGAACGGAAGUGUGCCUUACCUGUGGGGGAGGAGAAGCGAAAGAGACGUGGCUCCAUUCCCCCCUGGGGAGUUACCAAACGAGGGGCAGCACAGCAGAAUCUGCUCAGCUGUCACCCACAGAUGGGGGGGCAGCGUGGAGGGGGUGCCCCCUUCGUCGUGCUCCUUCCUCCCGGAGGAGUCUUUCCCCUGGAGGGGAGUCAGCGGAAGUUUUCCUCAAGAGGACACCUCCCAUAUGGCUAACCGUAAGACAAAUCUGGGUGAGAAUGACCUAUCGAGUAGGUCCCCUUUUCGCCAUAAAGGGAGGGCUUUACCAACCAGUUGCAGCAUCGAAUAUGAAGUGGGUGAAACGCCCUGCGAGUGGAACGGCAGAGGAUACCUCUCGAAAGAGAACCCAUUCUUUGGCCUUGCGAGAAAAUGUCUCCGCUCCGAAGGGAAGAGAAGCUUCCCUCCAUCUCAGGAGAUAGAACCCGUGAGUGGACAGCUGUUCUCCCUACCGAUGAGACACAGGGUGGGUCCUUAUGGUGCAGACAGAUGCGGCAGCCACGUCCAUUCGGAUGACAAAAACGCACAGGGGGGGGCACCACACAGAGUGAACAAUUGGCUCGCUUCCAUCGAUGAAGAGGUACAGAAUUACCUGAACGGUUCAGGUGAAGAAGCGCACAAAGGAGAAGUGAAAGAGACGAAUGCUUUUCAAAAGACAUGCUUUCCAUGUGUGGAGGGAAGGGGUGACCCCGUGGUGGAGCCCACUUCGCAGAGAGGGGAUCCCCAUCUGCAUCGUCAGAGGACCCACCUUUGUGAGGAGACAAACUGUGGCUUAAAAAAGGGAAGGGGAAAAGCAAAGGGGGUACAUGCAGGAUGGAGGAACGAAAGGAAGUGUGAGGAGAUCCUCGGGAAGAGAUACGCCACCCUGAUGGAACGAACGCACUUGCUUUUGCGAAACAAAGGGAACGUCCUCAAAAUUUUAAAAAGAAAAAUUGUAAUUAAAAAGAUAUGCCAGAUAGGGACGAGCUGCAGAGUGAUGUGCGGAGGGGGGGUGAGGAAGGAGGAUGCAGGAGAAUGGCUCGUCGGUCCACAUAAAAAGGGAGGAAUGACGCGGCACGACAAUAUGGGUUCCUCUCUGAUGAGGAGAGACACACGCAGGGGGAAAGAUAUCACUCCGUUUGCUCCCUUCGAUCCCUUCUCUCCGCUGCAAAGUCGAAUGCAUGGAGAGCUGCACAAAGGGAGCACCCGAUUUUACGGCGAAGUGGUUCUCCAAGCGAAGGAGGAGGAGCCGCCUGUGGGGUUUCUCUCGCAGAAGACGCUGACGUUGGGUGUCGCGUCUGAACUGGAUGCCGCAGCGGUGAAGGCGCAAGGUGAGGGAUACCCAAGGGGUGACCUUGUGAGAGGGGGGAGAGAAGGGGCAUCUCCCGGGGAAGGCGGCGCAAGGGGGGGAGGAUGCCAACCGGAUGAGUGCGGCCAACCGGAUGAACGCCCCGGAAGAGUGAAGCUGUUAAGAAGCUUCAUCAACAGAUGGGCUGCUCUCUCCAGGGGGGGGAAGAUGUGCCAUCUGGGCAGCCCCUUCGAGCGCGGUUAUAGGAAGAGCAGGAGGGUGGCCUCCUCCCCCGCCCUUUUGUCCCCCUCCGGUGGGAACACCUUCCAUGGGGACGGCCUCAAAAAGGAGGUAGCCAUCCGUGGCAGGCCCUACAGAAAGGCUUUAAUCACAAGUGAGUGUAUGAAAGGGGGUGCAGAGGAGGACUUCACGGGGGAAGGCGUCGUGGUUAAGAAGCCCCUGUGGGAGGAAAGGAUGGUUCAUUCGGCCCAUGUGGGGUCUACCCCCAAGAGGUGGUACCCACUACGUUGCGUGGACAGCUUUACGCACCACACAUAUGGUAGAUGCAGAACGUAUGACGAAAUGGGAUCAUUACCGCGGAAGAACCCGCCUGUCGGGCUUAUAAGCAAACUAGCCACGCAGAAGCAGCACAUUUUAAGAAAACGAAUCUGUAAGAAGGAGAGGCAGGGCAUAGGGGUGGUGAGGAGGAGCUCAUUCGGCCACCUCCCCUCGGAAGAAAAGCCACACAAGAGAGACAGAAUAGACUCGAAGGAGAGUUUACCAUUUGGAAGGGCAAAAGUGGGGAAGGGUUCUCCACGUGGGGGUAACCCAAAUAAAGAGACGUCCUCCCCACCUGUAGAAAAGCGGGCUACUCCACUGAGAGGAGGAAGAUACCCACGGAAGGAACGACCACAGGGGAAGCUACGCAUAUGUAAGAUGGUGGCGAAGGUGAAGAAUACCUCCCGGGAUCUUCCGCCCGUGAGAAGGAUCCCAUUUAUCGGGAGGGGGUACUCUCCAGGAGAGACAUCCAGAUGUAUACGUGGCUUCCCUCCAAGUGGACCUCUCCAUUUUUGCAAAAGGGGAUUUAAAAGUUGCGUCCGCUCGACGGGUGGAGGGUCCGUGAGGAAGCUUUCCUCCGAGUGGUGCCCCCCUCAGAGAGAGUCAAAGAGGAUCACGUGGGUGGAUGGAGGCGGCGAUUCGAAGGUUAACCACCGGGUUGCCACUCCCCAUGCGGGUGACCACAACAACGUUAGCGAGCGCUGCAAAGGGGAAGAAGAAGCCCUGGAAAAGGGGGCAACCGACAGGAAGAGGGCGACCGAGGGGGACACCCACCCGAAGAAGACACACACAGGUACCGCCACCCAAACGAAAUUGAAAAGGCACAAAAGGAGGAAGAAAAAGGAAGAGAGAAGAGCAAAGUACAAAUUUAAUCUCUACAUAAGGAUGGAGUACUGUGAGAGUACCCUAGAGAAUUACAUAUGCGGAAGGACCUACGUGAACUUCAAAAGGAACAGGGAUAUCAUCCACAUGAUCAUCCUAGGGCUACACUACAUGCACAAGAACAAUAUCAUUCACAGGGAUUUGAAGCCAUCAAACAUUUUCAUUUGCAGCAAUGACGUGGUGAAGAUUGGCGACUUUGGGCUGGCCUCCUACGACGAUUUCGGGAGGAACCAGAGCGCCGCUCACCAGCUGAGGAAAAAAAAAAAAAAAAAAAAAUCAAAACAUAGCAGUUGCUCCCAGAAAGGGAAAAAAUGCCACGCGGUAGGUGGCACCCCCGAGGGAAGCACACAUGGGUCAUCGUACCACACGUUGGGCAUCGGCACGAAAAUGUAUUCUGCUCCGGAACAACUCCUUGGGAAUAAAUACAACAAAGCAGUGGAUAUGUUCUCCCUCGGGUUAAUCAUCGUAGAUCUUUUCACGAGGACGGAAACGAAUAUGGAGCGAACAGCCAUUUUGACAAAUGCUCGCCAGAGAAUUUUACCUGACUCGUUAAUAAAAAAACAUCCAAAUGUUGCCAAGCUGUGCAAGAAUCUCCUCUCCCUGGAUUACGAGUCCCGCUUUACCUCCGAGGAUCUCUACAAGACAAUUGUGUCCGCGGGGAACGUAUUCACCUUCACCAUGUAA